AUGACAGUUAAUACGAAUAUUUUGCAUCCAAAUCAAUAUAAUACAGACGUAAAAAUAUCAAAAGAACGAUAUACUAAUUUUGAUAAUGACACUCUUAAGAAAUUUGGAACUGACUAUUCAUAUAAGCAUCAAAUAGUCUGGAAAAAUGCUAUCGGAUUCUUUAUUUUACAUAUAUUGGGUAUUUGGGGGCAUUUUAUAGUAUUCACUGGCGGCAUUUACUGGCAAACGUUUAUAUGGGGUGCAUUACUACUAGUCACAAGUGCGGAAGGUGUCACCAUUGGAGCUCAUAGACUAUGGUCACACAGAACAUUUAAAGCAACACCUCUACUAAAAACCAUUUUAUUAAUACUCCAAACUCUUGCUGGACAGAACUCAAUAUUCACUUGGUGUCGCGACCACCGUUUACAUCAUCGCUACUCAGACACCGAUGCAGAUCCCCAUAACUCAAAAAGAGGAUUUUUCUUCAGCCAUAUUGGAUGGCUCCUAUGCAAGAAACAUCCAUAUGUAAAGGAAUUAGGAAGAAGAAUUGAUAUGAGUGACUUACAAAAUGACUGGAUGAUAAUGACACAAAAAAAAUAUUACCCCUACCUAUAUUUAAUAAUUGCUGUGAUAAUCCCUAUAUCAGUACCAUACUAUUAUUUCGGAGAAUCUUUAAAGAAUUCGAUAUUGGUGUGUUACUUCGCCAGAUACGUUUUUCUAUUAAAUGGAACUUGGUUAGUUAAUAGUGCUGCACAUCUCUAUGGAACACGACCAUAUGAUAAGAAACUUCAACCCGUUGAGUCUUGGUUCGUCUCAUUUUUAACUCUUGGAGAGGGCUGGCAUAACUAUCACCAUGCUUUUCCUUGGGACUACAAAGCCGCCGAGCUAUCUAUGCAUUUCAAUCAAUCAGCUACUUUUAUAAGGAUGUUUGAAAAAUUAGGACUUGCUUAUGAUUUGAAAACUGCAUCCCCAGAUAUGGUACAGCGACGUAUAAUUCAAACAGGAGAUGGAACGCAUUACGCUCUCGGCAAUGACGAAGACAGAAAUGCUGUCACUUGUAUUGGCAUUAAGCAUCCUAUAAACCCUACAUAUACAGUGAAAUAUCAAGAUCCUACUGUUAUGCUAGCAAUAAGAGGUUUACCUCUUAACCACCAAGAUGAUUACUUAGAACCUAAUGUUCUUAAAAGAAAUGUUGCCGCCUCUUAG